AUGCCUACUGGUGGAAUUGCUUAUUUUUUGCUCCUGAUCCUUGGAGCAACUACAGCGGAAGAACUCAAUCCAAUUGCCAGAACUAGCCUUAAAAGCUCUGAAAUUCACUCAAAACUGCUUAUCGACGAUUCUGAGGCAGUCAAUCAACUUGUCAAAAAUAAUGAAACUGCUCCAGAAAAAGACCAAAAUACGACUGUAGAGGGAUCCUGGUGGGAAAACGAAAGAUAUUUAACAGCUGCUUGCACUGGUGGUGCAAGUGGAUGCCAAACUUGCAAAGAUGCAACAACGUGCGAAACUUGCACUAAUUCAGCUACUGACAUACCUGAUGAUGCAGGUGGAUGCACAGCUUCGACUAUUGAGCAUUGCAGUAUGGUUGCUAGUGGUGAUGGUGAUACUUGUGUUGCGUGCAUUGAUGGAUUUACAGUUCACGGUAGCGGUGCAAGCUGUUGUGAUGAUAAAUGCAGUACUUGCGGUACCAGUUCGUCGGAUUGCACUGCAUGCAUAGACGGAACACAUAUGUCAGCGGCUCCAGACUGCGAAUGCCCUGAGCACUCAACUCUCACAGGAUCAGAUUGUGUUCCAGAUACCGGAUAUUACUUUAGUGAUGCUACCACAUGUGCUGAAUGCGACCCUAAAUGUGAUACAUGUGACACUAGCGAUGGAACUGUCUGCACAGCUUGUACAGAUACAACUCAUACGUCAGCGGCUCCAGACUGCGAAUGCCCUGAUCACUCAGCUCUCACAGGAUCAGUUUGUGUUCCAGAUAACGGAUAUUACUUUAGUGAUGCUACCACAUGUGCUGAAUGCGACCCUAAAUGUGAUGCAUGUGACACUAGCGAUGGAACUGUCUGCACAGCUUGCACAGAUACAACUCAUACGUCAGCGGCUCCAGACUGCGAAUGCCCUGAUCACUCAACUCUCACAGGAUCAGUUUGUGUUCCAGAUACCGGAUAUUACUUUAGUGAUGCUACCACAUGUGCUGAAUGCGACCCUAAAUGUGAUACAUGUGACACUAGCGAUGGAACUGUCUGCACAGCUUGCACAGAUACAACUCAUACGUCAGCGGCUCCAGACUGCGAAUGCCCUGAUCACUCAACUCUCACAGGAUCAGUUUGUGUUCCAGAUAACGGAUAUUACUUUAGUGAUGCUACCACAUGUGCUGAAUGCGACCCUAAAUGUGAUACAUGUGACACUAGCGAUGGAACUGUCUGCACAGCUUGCACAGAUACAACUCAUACGUCAGCGGCUCCAGACUGCGAAUGUCCUGAGCACUCAACUCUCACAGGAUCAGUUUGUGUUCCAGAUACCGGAUAUUACUUUAGUGAUGCUACCACAUGUGCUGAAUGCGACCCUAAAUGUGAUACAUGUGACACUAGCGAUGGAACUGUCUGCACAGCUUGCACAGAUACAACUCAUACGUCAGCGGCUCCAGACUGCGAAUGCCCUGAUCACUCAACUCUCACAGGAUCAGUUUGUGUUCCAGAUAACGGAUAUUACUUUAGUGAUGCUACCACAUGUGCUGAAUGCGACCCUAAAUGUGAUACAUGUGACACUAGCGAUGGAACUGUCUGCACAGCUUGCACAGAUACAACUCAUACGUCAGCGGCUCCAGACUGCGAAUGCCCUGAUCACUCUACUCUAACAGGAUCAGUUUGUGUUCCAGAUAACGGAUAUUACUUUAGUGAUGCUACCACAUGUGCUGAAUGCGACCCUAAGUGUGAUACAUGUGACACUAGCGAUGGAACUGUCUGCACAACUUGUACAGAUACAACUCAUAUGUCAGCGGCUCCAGACUGCGAAUGUCCUGAUCACUCAACUCUCACAGGAUCAGAUUGUGUUCCAGAUGCCGGAUAUUACUUUAGUGAUGCUACCACAUGUGCUGAAUGCGACCCUAAAUGUGAUACAUGUGACACUAGCGAUGGAACUGUCUGCACAGCUUGCACAGAUACAACUCAUACGUCAGCGGCUCCAGACUGCGAAUGUCCUGAGCACUCAACUCUCACAGGAUCAGAUUGUGUUCCAGAUGACGGAUAUUACUUUAGUGAUGCUACCACAUGUGCUGAAUGCGACCCUAAAUGUGAUACAUGUGACACUAGCGAUGGAACUGUCUGCACAGCUUGUACAGAUACAACUCAUACGUCAGCGGCUCCAGACUGCGAAUGCCCUGAUCACUCAACUCUCACAGGAUCAGAUUGUGUUCCAGAUAACGGAUAUUACUUUAGUGAUGCUACCACAUGUGCUGAAUGCGACCCUAAAUGUGAUACAUGUGACACUAGCGAUGGAACUGUCUGCACAGCUUGUACAGAUACAACUCAUAUGUCAGCGGCUCCAGACUGCGAAUGCCCUGAUCACUCAGCUCUCACAGGAUCAGUUUGUGUUCCAGAUAACGGAUAUUACUUUAGUGAUGCUACCACAUGUGCUGAAUGCGACCCUAAAUGUGAUACAUGUGACACUAGCGAUGGAACUGUCUGCACAGCUUGCACAGAUACAACUCAUACGUCAGCGGCUCCAGACUGCGAAUGUCCUGAGCACUCAACUCUCACAGGAUCAGAUUGUGUUCCAGAUGACGGAUAUUACUUUAGUGAUGCUACCACAUGUGCUGAAUGCGACCCUAAGUGUGAUACAUGUGACACUAGCGAUGGAACUGUCUGCACAGCUUGCACAGAUACAACUCAUACGUCAGCGGCUCCAGACUGCGAAUGCCCUGAGCACUCAACUCUCACAGGAUCAGAUUGUGUUCCAGAUGACGGAUAUUACUUUAGUGAUGCUACUACAUGUGCUGAAUGCGACCCUAAAUGUGAUACAUGUGACACUAGCGAUGGAACUGUCUGCACAGCUUGUACAGAUACAACUCAUAUGUCAGCGGCUCCAGACUGCGAAUGCCCUGAUCACUCAGCUCUCACAGGAUCAGUUUGUGUUCCAGAUGACGGAUAUUACUUUAGUGAUGCUACCACAUGUGCUGAAUGCGACCCUAAAUGUGAUACAUGUGACACUAGCGAUGGAACUGUCUGCACAGCUUGCACAGAUACAACUCAUACGUCAGCGGCUCCAGACUGCGAAUGUCCUGAGCACUCAACUCUCACAGGAUCAGAUUGUGUUCCAGAUGACGGAUAUUACUUUAGUGAUGCUACUACAUGUGCUGAAUGCGACCCUAAAUGUGAUACAUGUGACACUAGCGAUGGAACUGUCUGCACAGCUUGCACAGAUACAACUCAUACGUCAGCGGCUCCAGACUGCGAAUGUCCUGAGCACUCAACUCUCACAGGAUCAGAUUGUGUUCCAGAUAACGGAUAUUACUUUAGUGAUGCUACCACAUGUGCUGAAUGCGACCCUAAAUGUGAGACAUGUGACACUACCGAUGGAACUUCCUGCACAGCUUGCAAAGAUGCAACUCAUAUGUUAGCGGCUCCAGACUGCGAAUGCCCUGAGCACUCAACUUUCGAUGAAUCAGUUUGCGUUCCAGAUGACGGAUAUUACUUUAGUGAUGCUACCACAUGUGCAGAAUGCGACCCUAAGUGUGAUACAUGUGACACUAGCGAUGGAACUUCCUGCACAGCUUGUACCGAUACAACUCAUACGUCAGCAGCUCCAGACUGUGAAUGUCCUGAUCACUCAACUCUCACAGGAUCAGAUUGUGUUCCAGAUGACGGAUAUUACUUUAGUGAUGCUACCACAUGUGCUGAAUGUGACCCUAAAUGUGAUACAUGUGACACUACCGAUGGAACUGUCUGCACAGUUUGUGCAGAUACAACUCAUAUGUCAGCGGCUCCAGACUGCGAAUGUCCUGAGCACUCAACUCUCACAGGAUCAGAUUGUGUUCCAGAUGACGGAUAUUACUUUAGUGAUGCUACCACAUGUGCUGAAUGCGACCCUAAAUGUGAUACAUGUGACACUACCGAUGGAACUUCUUGCACAGCUUGUACAGAUACAACUCAUACGUCAGCGGCUCCAGACUGUGAAUGUCCUGAUCACUCAACUCUCACAGGAUCAGUUUGUGUUCCAGAUAACGGAUAUUACUUUAGUGAUGCUACCACAUGUGCUGAAUGCGACCCUAAAUGUGAUACAUGUGACACUAGCGAUGGAACUUCUUGCACAGCUUGUACCGAUACAACUCAUACGUCAGCGGCUCCAGACUGCGAAUGCCCUGAGCACUCAACUCUCACAGGAUCAGAUUGUGUUCCAGAUAACGGAUAUUACUUUAGUGAUGCUACCACAUGUGCUGAAUGCGACCCUAAAUGUGAUACAUGUGACACUAGCGAUGGAACUGUCUGCACAGUUUGUGCAGAUACAACUCAUAUGUCAGCGGCUCCAGACUGCGAAUGUCCUGAGCACUCAACUCUCACAGGAUCAGAUUGUGUUCCAGAUGACGGAUAUUACUUUAGUGAUGCUACCACAUGUGCUGAAUGCGACCCUAAAUGUGAUACAUGUGACACUAGCGAUGGAACUUCCUGCACAGCUUGUACAGAUACAACUCAUAUGCUUGGAGUACCUGACUGCGCUUGCCCAAGUCACUCAACUUUCGAUGAAUCAGUUUGUGUUCCAGAUGACGGAUAUUACUUUAGUGAUGCUACCACAUGUGCUGAAUGCGACCCUAAAUGUGAUACAUGUGACGCUAGCGAUGGAACUUCUUGCACAGCUUGCACAGAUACAACUCAUACGUCAGCGGCUCCAGACUGUGAAUGUCCUGAGCACUCAACUCUCACAGGAUCAGAUUGUGUUCCAGAUGACGGAUAUUACUUUAGUGAUGCUACCACAUGUGCUGAAUGCGACCCUAAAUGUGCAACAUGUGACACUACAGAUGGAACUUCCUGCACAGCUUGCACAGAUACAACUCAUAUGCUUGGAAUUCCUGACUGCGACUGUCCAACUCAUUCUACAUUUGAUAGUGGUACAGAGGUAUGUGUUGCUGAUGAUACUUACUAUUUCAGUUCUAAUACAGCUACUUCUCCUUGUGUUGAACCUUGCUUAUGGUGCAGCUCUGAAACUUAUUGCACAAAAUGCAGUGGAGUCUACAAUUCAUUGGAUAGUGAUGGCUCUUGUGAUAAUUGUUUAGAUGACCAUACAGAGUUUGAUACAACCGUUAAUGACUGUGUCUGCGUCAGAGGAUAUUAUGACCAUCCAGGAAGCUGCACUAAGUGUAUGGAUAAUUGCGCUGAGUGUGUUGAUGAAUCUACAUGUGACCAAUGCGAUUCUAGCUUCUAUUAUACUGAUUCAGAUUCAUGCGAAGCCUGUGAUGCUCCUUGCAAAGAAUGCGUUAAUGAAGCUACCUAUUGUGAAGAAUGUUUAGACGCAAGCCAUAUGACUCUCACUGAUGGAGUUUGUACUUGUAAUGACGAAAAUGCAAGCUUUGAUUUAGAUACAAGUGUUUGUACAUGCAAUGACUAUUAUUACUCUUUAAAUGCAGUAUGCACAGCCUGCCCAGGACUUUGUAAGAAAUGCUCGUCUAAUUGGUCCUGCAGCUCUUGUGUGGAUAAUGCAGCAGUUGAUAAUACUAACUUAUGCAGCUGUAGUAAUGGAUAUGGAAAAUCUGGAAAUACAUGUCAGGCUUGUAAGAUCAAUUGUUCCAUCUGCACUAAAUCAGUAGAUACUUGCAAUACUUGCAUAAAGCAUGCUUCAGCAAAUUCAGAUGGCACUUGCAGCUGUGUUAGUGGAUUUUACCAAAAAGAUACUAAAUGUGUAGCUACCUGCAACCAAGUAUGUACUACAUGCAGCGAAGAUGAUGGAGAAUCUUGCACAGCUUGUGUAACUAAUGCAGAAUUAGUAAAGAGCAAGUGUUCUUGCACUGCAAAUUCAAGCUAUGACUCAAAUUCACAGUCGUGUGUUUGUAAUGGUGGAUAUACCUUAGUUAGCAAUAAAUGUAUAGCUUGCAAGAAUUAUUUCGUAUUGUCAGAUGUGACUGACGCCUAUUUCGAUGAAUAUUUCUCUACCAUUACAGUUACUUUCAGUGUAGGUGUUGAUACUACAGUUAGUGCAGCAUGCUCAAAUACCAUUGAUUGGCAAAGCAUUAGCAAACUAGGAACUGGAGCCAGUUGCUCAUGGGAUGGAUCCAAUAAGCUGAAAAUUCAAUUAGGAAAAGGCUUUACUAUUAAAGUUGAAAAACUAUAUUUGUUGGGAACAAAUAUUGCUAAAAAGGAAGGAACUUGCAGCUUAAAUUAUACUCCGCUAUAUAUUACUGUAAGGCAAACAGCCGAUCCUACUCCUAAUGCUGUCAUUUCCGGACCAGCAAGCUAUUCUUUAGAUUGUGGAAACACAGCUCUUCAGUACUCAGGUUCAAAAUCAACAGGAAACUUGAAUAACCCUAUGAUAUACACUUGGUCAGCCACCAGUACUCCACAGAACUCAGGUCUCACUAGUUAUAUUGAAAAGCAAUCCUCAGCAUCUUUAGCAAUCACAAAACUUCUAUUUACAAGCAACGUUGACUCUACACUAGUGGUUACUCUUAAAGUAACAAACGCCUUUGGCGGCACAAACUCUGCAUCAAUGACUACAGCAAUUAAGGCAGCUCCUUCACUUCAAGUUGUAUUUGAUUCAGGAUCAACUGAUACAAUUAAAGCUUCAGACUCAAGAACUUACAAGGCUUCAGUUGCUACAUUCUGUGGAGAUGUCUCUUCAGUGACUUAUAAAUGGAGCUAUGUUGCCUUAGCAGGGGCUCCUACAAUUGAUUCCUCAGCAAUCCUUUCUGCAUCCAAGCAGCAAAACAAGCUUGUUAUCAACAAAAAUAUGCUUCCAAGUGGAUACUCAUACCAAUUCAAUGCAACUGCAACUAGCCAAAGUUCUACAGAGUCAUCUGUAUCCGGAUAUUCUUUGCUUACCAUCACAGUGACUUCAUCUCCUCUCAAAAUAAAACUUUCCAAAUCCAGCUGCACUGUGGCAUCCAAGAACGGCUUUUCUAUUAAUGGAGAUCGUUCUUCAGAUCCAGAUAGCUCUUCUACUCUUUUAAGUUACCAAUGGAGCUGUUUAUAUACAGUGAAUGCAACUUCUUGUCUUGGAACUGAUAAUAAAGACCUUGUCUCUUCUGCUACCACCUCAAGCCUCUCAAUUCCUUCAGGAAAAAUGAUACCAGGAGCAAGCUACGAUAUAACCCUAUUAAUAAGUGCAGGAAGUAGAAAUGCAUCGGCCACAGUCACUGUGCAAGUCUCAGCUGCAACAGUUGCCUCCUCUUCUUCAAUAGAAAUUCCUUAUUCUUCAGCCAAAAUCUCAGCAGGAUCUUCUUAUACCUUAUCUCCUACAGCUACUAUAUCAUCUGGCUCUAAAAUUAAAUGGGUUUGUGAUAGUUCUGCAAUAAAGAUUUCUCCUGAUAACUUGCCAACAAUUUCUAUCCCACCAAAUACCUUUAUCCAAGGUAGUUCUUAUAAAUUCAGCUUUACAAUCACUGAGACUUCAGGAAACUCUUUAUCAUCAUCAAUUAUAGUAAAUAUAAACAGUGGGGCUACCUGUGAUGGAUCUGUAGACAUACAGCCAACAAGUGGAACUGCUUUGCAAACAACGUUUGUAAUUUCAAUUGCUGGGUGUUAUGACCAAGAUGGACAAGACUAUCCUUUAACUUAUUCUUAUGAUGAUGUCUGGAAUAGUGUGGAAUAUGUCCUUGGAGCCACUCAAGACAGCAGCUUAUCAACUGGCUUAUUCCCUAACAGUAAUACAAUUAAAAUCAAGGCAUGUGAUCAGCUUUUAAGCUGCUCAACUUAUCAAAGCAAAAUCACAGUCGAUUCUCUAAAGAGAAAACUAGAAGACACAGACUACGCUGCUAUGUAUGCCUCUGCAACUCUUGACCCUGACAAUAUUCCAAGCGAAAUCUCAUUGAUUGCUUCCUCUGCAACGAUAGAUAAUACUCUUUUCUCACAGAUGUGGAGUGACUUGCAAUCAUAUGCAGCAAGCCAAGAUUCAGUAUCAGUCUCACUAUUUAAGAGUUUCGCGGCUGCAGUUUUGGCUUUAUCAAGCCAAACUGAUUCAAUGACAGUCACUCUUUAUGAAAAUUUCAUGACUUGGCUCAAUAACUUAGUUACAGCCAACUCAAUUGCUAUUAAUACUGACGCAAGUAGCAUUUUGCAAAUCAUCGUAUCGCUUUCUAACGGAUACUUAGAUUUCGGCAGCAAACAUGCUGACGCAACAAUGCCAUUUGAGACUUAUUUGCUGGCAGCAGAUAAUUUCUUAACUACUUUUAUGACUUAUAUUACAGUUGAUGACCUUCCAGGCCAGAGCUCACUUCCAGCUUCAGAUUCAACUUCCUCUAUCCAAUUUGGAAAAGUCAGAAAUUUCCCUGAUUCAAUCAGUAAAACUUCUCAGACCUUUGGGUUUAUUGAUGUAACAUUCCCUAAUAAAAUCCCAAUUGAUGAGACUGAAGUCACAAACUUCAAAGCUAAUACUUAUAAUAUUACUGACGGCUAUGCACCUUGGUUCUCUGUAAGCUACACAACUAGCGGUAGAUAUCAAGAUUAUCAAUAUACUGCUACAGAUGAGCAAUAUCAAUCCUUCAAUGAUGACAGAUAUCCAGUCACAGUAACUAUUCCUUAUUAUAAAAAUGCGACUAGGGGCCUUUCUUGUGUGUAUUAUGACACUACAACUUCAACUUGGGACGUAAAUGGUUGCGUCAUUACUAGCCAAGGAGUUGAUACAAUUACAGUUUCACUUACCCAUUUCUCCUUAUUUAAGCUCUCAGAAACAGAUUUUGUCCCUUACAUUCCUCCUACUUAUACUCCGGAAUGCGGGGAUAAUUUAGCCCCAACUAUCAUAAUGAUAGUCUCAUUUUUCAUUGGAUUCGUCCUUAUGAUAAUCACAGUCUUUAUGGAUAAAUCCCACAAUAAAGCCUCAGAAAAAGAAGAUAAAAAAGUGACUCCAGUUCCUGAACUUGCAAAUAAUCCUGUAGAGCCUUUGAAGGUUGAUGAAAUGGACAAAGAAGACGUGGAGCCUUUGAAGGUCGAAGCCCUUUCAGAGCAAUCUGAGCCAUUUACGAAGGUGAAAAUGGAUUUAGUGCAGACUGAAGAAGUGAAAAGUGACCCUGAAAAAGCUCAACUUGCUGCAGAAAAUACAGAAAGAGAGGUAAAUAAUUUAGGCCCUUCAGGACAUACUAAAAAAGGCCCAGAAGUUGACUUUUAUCCAAAAGAACUAUAUAAUGAAUAUAGAGCUAAAGGGAAUUUCCGUAUGCUUUUGGAAGGUCAUUUGACAUUUGGGCUGGUUUAUUAUAGAAAAGAUUUGCCAAGAUGGAGAAGAGCAUUCAUUUUACUUGCCGUUAUUAUUUUCGAGUUAUUAGUAGAGGGCUGCUUGUUCUCAGGAUUUGAAGACACUGAUAAAGGCAGAGAAAUGUCAACUCAAUCAAUAUUUGACAAUUAUGAAGGAAACUAUUUCGGAUAUACAGUCCUCGCAGUCCUUAUAGGAGUACACUUAGAAUGUGCAUUGAUAUCUUGCAUGGAGAAAGGAAGAAGAGUAGUGAAUAUUUUGGCUUUAUUACUAGGCAUUGCAGUUCUUAUUGGAUCAGUCAUUGGGAUUGUGAUACUUAACGUUGACUUCUGUCACAAUUGGAGUGGCUACUGGGCUGAAAGCUUCUUAUGGGGAAUUCUUAUGGAAAUCUUUAUUGUUCAGAUUUUCUAUAUGCUCAUUCGCUACAUUGCUCUUCUGAUCAAGUCAAGGAGAGCAGGAACAAGAAAAGGGAAAGAUACUAUUUAA